AUGGCUAGCAGAAAGCUCGUGGUGAGGUUGAUUGGAGCAGAGAGAUACGUGGGUAUUCGUCCUUAUAGUGUAUUCAAUGAGUUCUCCAAACAGGUUAGAGGCGAAGUCUACAGCUGCAGAAAUCAAGAAUUCCAGCAGUCUGUCAAGCAACUGAAGGAGAAAGCUGAGGAGUUGAAAGGGGUGAAAGAAGAUUUUAGAAAAAGAAUGAAGCAGACAAUGGGGAUGCUUUACAAACAUGUGGAUGGUAUUUGGACGGAGGCUGAAGCUACGACAAAAAAGGUCAAAGAUAGCUUUGGAGCGGGGAAGCAAGAAGCUCGAGGAUCAAGCGGUCACUCUGACACUUCUAGUUCAAAUGCCAAUGGGAGUAGUGAGUCUGCAUCAGCAAAAAAUCAACAGGAACAACAAUCUGGUUCCAGUGAUAGCGCGGAAACAGUUUUUAGCAAGGUUAAAUCUGCUGCUUUAUCGAAAGUCUCACCGUUCUUUCAGAAAAUAAAAGAAGCAAAGCCUGUUGGCUUUGCAAAGAAGGGCUACGACAUCAUAUUGGACGAGUUGAAAGGUACUCCUCCUGGUACGAGAAAGCACCUCGAGUAUUCUGCGCCCAUACAAGAAACUUUAUCAAACUUUGAGACGAGCACAAGAACUGAUGUUGUUGUCUUACCAUCAAAGCAAUCGAAAUGGGAUAAGGAAUGGGAAAUCUUCAAGGAAAAAAUGCAGGGUCACCCUCUUUCUAAACGCUUCACUGCAACGAAUAAACCUUUUGUGACAAAGUGUCAGGAGUAUGCUUGCGAAUAUGGAUGGAGAAUCUUCAGCUGCAAUGUCAAUUAAAGAGAUUUACAGCAGAGAUCCGUAUGAUU